AUGGGCAUCUUCAAUUUCCUUUCCAACUUUCGCAAAUCCAACUUGAUCAGCCUCUUUCUGCGCACCUUGCAAUUGAUCGACGGCCUGGUGGUCAUCGGUCUGUAUGGCGUUGACCUCAACAAAGCCAACAAGGAAGAUAAGUACUCGGACCAAAAAUGGGUCUAUGCCGUGACCGUCGGAUCUAUCGCCGCCAUCUCAGCCGUCUUGUACUCCCUGGCCUCCAUAUUCCUGCCGUAUCGCACAGUCGCACUCUUGUUCGCGUGGGACUGGAUGGUUGCGAUCCUCUUCGCGGCACAAUCGGGCAUCUUUGGCACAAUGUACUUGAACGAGAAGACGGAGAUGGAGGGUGGGAUUUAUCGCAUGAAGGUGGCGGCCGGCUUUGAUCUGGCUGGGUUGGUACUGUGGUUUAUCACGGCCGUGAUAGGGACUUGGUGGAUUUUGACUGAGAAAAGAAACACCGCGCCUGUUCCCGAGGACAGAAAGACAUAG